GUUACGGAAGGGCCGGCGGCAGCGUAGGCCCUGCUUGUGGAGCCGGGCGAGGGCAGCUUUGGGCGAACGGGUGCCCGCGAAAGAGGAGCCGUGUAGUAAAGUGGUCGCAAUGGACCUGGACCUGACCCGGGUGGAUUAUCUGCAGGUGGGUGUGACAUCUCAGAAAACAAUGAAGUUGCUCCCUUCAUCAGGACGCAAAGCAACGCAGAAGGUUGUCAUUGGAGAUCAGGACGGUGUUGUUACCUGUUUUGGGAUCAAAAAAGGAGAAGCUGUGCCGGUAUUCAAGACUUUGCCAGGAGAAAAGAUUGCAAGGCUAGAAUUGGGAGGUGCCCUCAAUACACUUCAGGAGAAGAUUUUUGUAGCUUCAGGAUCUGAAGUUCGAGGUUUUACAAAGAGAGGGAAACCAUUUCUUUCAUUUGAUACCAAUCUCACUGAGAACAUUAAAGCUAUGUAUAUAUCUGGAUCAGAUCUCUUUCUUUGUGCAAGUUAUAUCUAUAAUCACUACUGUGACUGUAAGGACCAGCACUACUUCCUAUCAGGAGAUAAAAUCAAUGAUGUUCUCUGUCUUCCAGUAGAGAAACUGUCUUGCAUUACUCCAGUAUUGGCUUGUCAAGACAGAGUCCUUAGGGUUUUGCAGGGAUCAGAUUUGCUGUAUGAAAUGGAAGUCCCUGGUCCACCAUCUGUUCUAGCUUUGAAAGAUGGAAAUGGUGGUGAUUCUAGUGAAGAAGUUCUUUUUGGGACAUCUGAUGGUAAAAUAGGUCUGAUACAAAUUUCUCCAGUUUCUCCAGUUGAAAAAUGGAGGAUUGAAAAUGAGAAGAAAAGAGGAGGUAUCUUAUGUAUGGAUAGCUUUGACAUUUUAGGAGAUGGAGUUAAGGAAUUGCUUAUUGGUAGAGAUGAUGGAAUUUUAGAAAUCUAUAACUUUGAAAAUGCAAACAGCCCCGUUCUGCGACAUGAACAUGCCUUUUCAGAGAGUGUCACAUCUGUCCAAGGUGGCUGUGUUGGGAAGGAAGGCUAUGAUGAAAUCAUAACAUCAACAUAUUCAGGGUGGGUGUCAGGACUGACUACGGAGCCUAUCCGUAGAGAAUGUGGAUCAGGAGACGAAGUAAAGAUGAGUCUUGAAAUGCAGAACAAGGUUACGUCCUUAAGGAAUGAUUUGGAACAUCUGCAGGUCAAAGUACUUCAGGAGCGUGAGAAGUACCAGCAGAACUCUCAGUCCAGCACUGCCAUUUCAACAGUCCCAACAUUUAGUAUAAAUGAUAAGUUUACCCUAAACAGAGAUGAUGCCAGCUACAGUCUUGUCUUGGAAGUCCAGGCAGCUAUUGAUACAGUUUUGCUGCAAUGUGAUGUUCCAAUAGACCUAAAGGAUGUGGAUAAAAAUUCAGCUGUUGUGAGUGUCGUUGACUGUGAAUCUGAGCCAAAUGGCAAUUUUCUCCUUGCUACAUAUCGGUGUCAAGCAAACACAACAAGGUUGGAACUUAAGAUUCUGUCAAUUGAAGGUCGUUAUGGAACCCUACAAGCGUACGUAAUCCCAAGAGUGCAGCCAAAAACCUGUCAAGUUCAACAGUAUCAGAUUAAGCCACUCUCACUUCAUCAGCGGACCCACUGUAUUGACCCCGACAGACCCAUGAAUACCUUAAUUCUCAAAGGACCAUUUAGUUUUGCUGAAGUUCAUUCCUGGGUUGUGUUUUGUUUGCCUGAAGUCCCUGAAAAGAUACCAGUGGGAGAGAGCAUCAGCCUCUACUUUCAAAACACCUUUUUGGAUACACAGCUUGAAUGUACUUACCGGAAAGGGGAGGGCUACUUCAAAUCUGAUAAUAUAUCUACAAUAUCCAUUCUAAAAGAUGUGCUCUCCAAAGAAGCCACCAAAAGAAAGAUUAACCUGAGUAUAUCAUGUGAUAUAAAUGAAGCAUCUGUGAACCACACCUUAAAGCUAAUCCACCCAAAGUUAGAAUACCAGCUGAUGUUGGCUAAGAAAGUUGAACUGAUAGAUGCUUUGAAAGAAUUACAGACUCAUGAAGGAAAUAUGGACUUCCUGAUUCCAGAAUACCGCAAUAUUGUGGAAGAGGCAGACCAGCUGCUCAAAGAACAUGAAAAACAACCUGCAUCUCUUGAACGACUUUAUGGUAUGAUUACAGAUCUCUUUAUAGAUAAAUUUAAAUUCAAAGGCACUAAUGUCAAAACCAAGGUUCCUCUCCUCUUGGAAAUUUUGGGAAGCUAUGAUCAAGACGCUCUGCUUGCCUUUUUUGAUAGCGCUUCCUAACUUACAAGAAUUUGAACAGCAAACUAGGAGAAUCGGAUGUUCAUUUAAAUAUGAGUGGCUGUGACUUUGAUGAAUUUAACUUGGCAGAAGAGGGUCUCAUGUUCCUAUAUUAGGCUUUGUUUAGUAACUGGCUGAAAUAGGUAAGAAUGGACCAUAUAUGAAAUGAUACACAAGGGUUUUUUUUUUCCUUGAAUGAAGGUUGGAAAAAAUAGCACAAUUUGCAGACGGAUCAGGUACACUUAACUCAAAAUAUUUUUUAUUUAAAGUAAAUGUUGGAAAAUAUUCCACGUUGUUAGGUCAUUUGAAGAAACUAUGCUUGGAAUAUAGUUUCUUUCAACCAUGUAAUGGGGAAAUUAGCAAGUCUGAAGAUUGCAAAUCUAUAGCCAUAUGAAAUUUUGUACUAUAUUUCCCAUAUAUUGAAUGUUACAGUACUGCAUUUUCCAUGUAUCAUAGACAAUAAUGUAUAUAGAAAAGAAAUAAGAAACUGUUUUUUAAACUAGGUUAAUUAUUCUAUUAAAUAAAAAAUUUAAUGUG